AUGGCCCAGCGGGCAGUGUGGCUUAUAAGCCACGAACCAGGAACUCCACUUUGUGGCAUUGUCAAAUUCUCCAGACGGUAUCCAACUGUUGAAAAAAGAGCUAAAGUCUUCAAUGGAGCAAGUUAUGUGCCUGUUCCUGAAGAUGGUCCCUUCCUGAAAGCCCUGCUUUUUGAACUGAGAUUGUUGGAUGAUGAGAAGGACUUUUUGGAGAGUCGUGAUAGCUGCUCACACAUCAAUAAAACAUCCAUUUAUGGACUCCCAGUAGGAAGUGAAGAACUCUGGCCAGUUGUUGCUUUUCUAAAGAAUGGCAUGAUAUAUGCUUGUGUUCCACUGGUUGAACAAACAUUGUCCCCUCGUCCACCAUUAAUUAGCAUUAGUGGAAUUUCACAAGGCUUUGAACUUCUUUUUGGGGUACAGGAUUUUCUUUCCUCAGGUCAAAAAAAUGACAGUGAGCUAAAUACCAAAUUGAGCCAGUUGUCUGACUUGCUUUUACAAACUUGUCCCUUUGGCACUUUGUUAGAUGCCAACUUACAGAAUUCGUUGGACAAUAUUAAUUUUGCUUCUGUUACUCACCCACAAAAACAGCCAGCCUGGAAAACUGGAACAUACAAAGGAAAACCACAAGUUUCUAUUUCUAUCACUGAAAAGGUAAACUCCAUGCAAUAUGAUAAACAAGAGAUAGCAGAUACAUGGCAGGUCGUUGGAGUUGUCACUUGCAAGUGUGAUCUAGAGGGAAGCAUGCCAAAUGUUACCAUUAGCUUGAGUCUCCCUACCAAUGGAUCUCCACUUCAGGAUAUUCUGGUUCAUCCUUGUGUGACGUCUCUUGACUCUACCAUUCUGACUUCUAGUAGCAUUGAUGCAAUGGAUGAUUCUGCAUUUAGUGGACCGUACAAAUUUCCGCUCACUCCACCAUUAGAGUCAUUCAACUUAUGCUACUACACUUCCCAGGUCCCUGUUCCACCAAUUUUGGGUUUUUAUCAAGUGAAAGAAGAAGAAGUACAGCUAAAGAUAGCAGUCAAUUUAAAACUUCAUGAAAGUGUGAAAAACAGUUUUGAAUUCUGUGAAGCUCAUAUACCUUUUUACAACAGAGGUCCCAUCACACAUGUGGAGUACAAAGCUAGUUUUGGCCAGCUUGAAGUAUUUCGAGAGAAAAGCUUAUUGGUCUGGAUUAUUGGACAGAAGUUUCCCAAAUCAAUGGAAAUUAGUCUUUCUGGUACUGUAACUUUUGGAGCCAAGAACCAUGAAAAGCAGCCAUUUGACCAGAUUUGCAUUGGAGGUACAGCAUAUUUAAAGCUUCAUUUUAGGAUCUUAGAUUACACACUCACUGGAUGUUAUGUUGAUCAGCAUUCGGUUCAAGUUUUUGCAUCAGGGAAACCAAAAAUAAGUACACACCGGAAGCUAAUUUCUUCUGACUAUUACAUCUGGAAUUCUAAAGCUCCUGCUCCAGUAACAUAUGGAUCAUUAUUACUGUAA